GAUGAAGGAAAGCUGACAGAGUUCAAUGUUCUUAUCAAGGAAAGAGGAACAAGAUUUUCUGAGAAAAUAACAAUUGACGAAAUAAAUAAUGUCGAGUACUUUCAUGUCCCAGCCCACAACAGACUCACUGAGGCAGACUACCUUUAUGACUUUCAAAGUGUAAGUAUAUAAAUUGCACGUUUUCAAAAAAUCUUGUACUUUACCUAUAGCCACUCAAAAAGCCAGAGUUGCUCGAGGAGUACUCUUACGCUUCUUCCGUGCUUAGCAACCUCCCGCGUGCAUCCAUAACUGACUCGAAGGUUGCACGCUGGACAUUUAACCAUUUCUUAAGUGUACCAAGUAAGUAACCUCGCUUAUGACAUAGAACAUUGCGAGCAACCUUGUUUCUCAAACAGCCUUGAGGAGUGAUUUUCACCCACAUUUCUAAUAUCACCCCAGGGCAUGUACUGGUUUUUCACUGCGAAUUUGGCAUAUCUUUUCAAAUGCUAAUACAGGAGUUUAUCAGAGGAAGGAACAAUGCUGGAAUUGACACAUGCAUUACAGUGUCAAUAUUGACUACUUUGAUAAACAAUUUCCCAUAUUGUUUUCUAUAUUACAAACAGAAAAUGUCCGUCAGUCGAGUGAAAAGUGAUGCCAAGUGCUAUAUUGGGCCAUUGCCUGACAACCUCCCAAAGCCUGCCAACCUAAGGGCUGGAUUGCAAACGGUACGAAUACUUUUUUGUGGUAACUGGCUAAUAAUAUCCCCUUGCCUUAUUCACCCUUACCCAUAUCCACCAAUUAGUAACAAAAUAUUGUCUCGAUCUUCCGGAGAGGAAAUUGGGAAAGGAAUAGGGACUAAGGAAAAAAUUGCGUGAGGUCGCAAAAUAGUAGAAAAUGCAUCCCAGUAUCAUGUCAUUAUCAUACAUUACCAUACCCAAAACAAAGGAAAAUAUAAUUUAAACCAAGGAUAAUAUUGAACCACAUCACAGACAUCUCGGGACAAAAAUUGAUCGUUCAAAGACCAGGUUUGAAAAGGGGUAAUCGUAUUGCCCUUGGCUGAUUGUAUUGAAGACUUCCAUGCCUUGUAAAAUGCGUUUUUUAAGCACCUUGUUAUGAUGAUUAUGAUUAUGAUAAUGAUUAUUAUUAAUCAAUGUUAAUAUUAUUAUCGUUAAUAUAAUAACAUAAUACAACAUAAUAGCCAACCCCAUUCCUUGGGCCUCAAAGGGUUACAACGAAGUAUUGAAGUCUAUAUUUGAUGGAGAGGGUCUUUCUGAGGAUGUGAGAUGUUUCCAAGUAGUGUGAUCUUCUGUAGUUCUUGCAUUUUAAGUGGGUUAUCAGGGAUCUGUUGUAUAUCUUAAUUUUAUCUUUUGUAUGUAGCUGUUAUCUGUUGUAUAUAUUUUUUAUAUUUAUUAUUAUUAUUAUUAUUAUUAUUAUUAUUAUUAUUAUCAUUAUUACUAUUAUUUUUAUUAUUACGAUUAUUAUUACCAUUUUUAUUGUCUUUAUUAUUACGUCGAAACAGGCAGCUCAGUUCCCUCCAUCUCAAAUCGUUAUUGCCCGGAAGUACUGGGCUGUUACAGAACAAGUAGACAAAACGUUCCUCCCGCAAAAGUUUCAGGAUUUCUGUGGUCAGUUCUCCGUCUUUCGAUUGCAAGAAGUCGACUUGAAGUCUAAUACUGGAUUAAGAAACACGGCCUUUGGAAGCACUCGUUUGGGUAAAUGACAGUUAUGUUAUAAUUAAAGAGCUAUUUAGUUGUCCAUACAUAAUCCAUCACCAAAUUCAUUUUUAAAUUGAAGUAUUAUCCGCUUCAUCUGUGUCAAAAGGUGUUUUUCCUUCCUCCCCACCUUCCCUUCCAACCCAGUCGCGAGAGAUGGGGAAGGGGGGUCCAAUUAAUGGAGAAAAUACGACAUAAUUUUACCUGGUCGGGUGUGAAACACGUACAUUGACCUCUACCAACCUAGUUUGAAAAAAAAAAAAAGAUAAGUUGUUGUCAAACGAAACAAGGAAUCAAAAUGUAAUCCCUCUAAACAUUCAUUAAUUUCGAGUAAAGUCAUCGCAAAAUACAUUUAUGAUGCAGAAGGAAUAAUUAGCAAGAAAUUGAAAGCCUCGUUGCAAAGAAAAUGGACACUGACCCCUAUUUAUGUUGAUUUAAUGCCAUGCCUUUAUCACGUUUUUCUGCUUUAAUUUUUUUAUGAGCUUAUUGUGAUCAACGAUAAAUUGCAUCGAGUUUCCCUCAGAUUUAUGUUCGUGAUUGUACCCAUGUCUGUAUAUAACCCAGAGGUAGUAUCCUUUGUCAUAACUAUUGCCAUGUUGAUCGUCAUCAUCACAUGCAUGCAUUAUGUAGUCUCUUUUAAACAAUAGCAAUUGCUCUGAUGACUGAUAAAUUCUAUUCUAUUUGUUUGUUGUUUUGUUUUUGUGUUUUCAGCGAGAAAUGUCGAUAUAAAAAAGCUGCCUUUCUGUUCCAAAGGAUCAUUACCCGAUAUGGGCGAAUGCAAUCCUCAGGACUGGAUGUUUUCUUAUGAAAUCAGAGACGAAAAGUGUACUUGGUGGUUGACCAACCCCGACUGCAAGCUAGAUAAGGGUAGUAAGCAAGUAUGUCCUAAAUGGAAGCACUUGUAUAAUAGCAUGAUUUGUUAUGUUGUUCGUUGUCCUUAA